AUGGCAGCUAUAUCCACAAUCGCGGAGAGCAAGGAGGUCAGGGGCCUCAACCUGGUUGCGGCACACUCUCAUAUUAGAGGCCUUGGUGUUGAUGCGGACACGCUUGAACCACGCCAUUCCUCACAAGGCCUUGUUGGCCAAGAGAAGGCGCGCAAGGCGGCUGCAAUCAUUCUACAGAUGGUAAAGGAUGGAAAGAUUGCAGGCCGCGCAGUCUUGAUUGCCGGACCACCCAGCACCGGAAAGACUGCAAUCGCUAUGGGGAUGGCGCAAUCGCUUGGCGCUGAUGUCCCGUUUACCAUGGUUGCGUCGUCGGAAAUCUUCUCACUGGAAAUGUCAAAGACAGAAGCGUUGACGCAAGCGUUCCGCAAAUCAAUCGGAGUCAGAAUAAAGGAGGAGAGUGAGAUAAUCGAAGGCGAAGUUGUUGAAAUCCAGAUCGAUCGAACUCUGACUGGCGGCAACAAACAAGGCAAACUUACUAUAAAAACCACGGAUAUGGAAACUAUCUACGAUAUGGGCACAAAAAUGAUCGAUUCAAUGACAAAGGAGCGUGUUGUGGCUGGAGAUGUAAUUUCUAUUGAUAAGGCUUCGGGUAAAAUAACCAGACUUGGCCGCUCAUACGCCCGCUCUCGAGAUUACGAUGCGAUGGGAGCGGAUACAAAAUUUGUCCAAUGUCCGGACGGAGAGUUACAAGUCCGAAAGGAAAUAGUACACACAGUCAGUCUCCACGAGAUUGACGUGAUCAAUUCAAGAACGCAAGGCUUUUUGGCACUGUUUUCUGGGGACACCGGCGAAAUUCGAAGUGAAGUCAGAGAUCAGAUCAAUACAAAAGUUGGAGAAUGGAAAGAAGAAGGCAAAGCAGAAAUCAUACCCGGCGUGUUGUUCAUUGAUGAAGUCCAUAUGCUUGACAUCGAGUGUUUUUCAUACAUCAACAGAGCGCUGGAAGCUGAAUUGGCACCCAUCGUGAUCAUGGCGAGUAAUCGUGGAAAUGCAAGAAUACGGGGCACAUCGUACAGGUCACCACAUGGGUUACCCCUGGACUUCCUUGACAGAGUCGUUAUCGUCAGCACACAGCCAUACACCAAGGAGGAUAUCCAGCAAAUAUUAGCCAUCCGUGCUCAAGAGGAAGAGAUCGAUCUGUCCCCAGACGCGCUGGCCCUGUUGACCAAAAUUGGCCAAGAAUCAGGCCUGAGAUAUGCCAGCAACAUCAUCGCGACGUCCACCUUAUUGAGCCAAAAGCGCAAAUCCAAAGAUGUUGGGAUAGAGGAUGUACAACGAAGUUUCCAACUUUUUCUCGACCCACCUAGAAGUGUCAAAUUCGUAAAGGAAUUUGAGAAACGGUUUAUUGGUGAAGAGGGGGAUGUUACCUUCUCUUAUGUCAAUGGCGAUGCCAUGGAAAUUUCUUAA